GGGGGGGGGGGGGGGGCAGGCCGGGCGGGCGGCGCGGCGGUGCUGCGAGGGGAGGGAAGGCCUCUUCCGCCGGCGGCUGGCUCAGGUGAGAGGGGGGGUCCCGGUGGGCGUCGGGGUCGCGCUCCGGCUCGCUCCUAUUGUCACUCUCAGCGGGCUCCGGCCAUGGCACUCACUCACACACACUCACUCACUCACUCACAACCGAGAGUGCUGCCACCGCCCCCCGGCCCGCGGCCCGCCCCCCGCGCCCGCCCACUGGAGCCUGCCGCCGGGACGCGCCGCCUCAUUGGCGCCCGCCGCCGCCGCCGGGACAGCCGGGAAAGCGGAGCGCUGCCGGAGGAGGAGGAGGAGGAAGAGGAGGAAGAGGAAGAGGAAGAGGAGGCGGUGCCGGCCGGGGCUGCGGCGGCGGCGGCGGCCGGCGGCUCGUCGUCGGCAUCGCGCUUCUCGUGCCUCUGCGGGCCGGACGAGCGCUGGCCGCCGCCAGAGCGAAGCCCGUCGGCUGAGAACAGUAGAUAACUUUCAAAAUACAGAUUUCAAAGUAUCUAAAGUCAUGAGGAUGCAAGACUUGGAAGAAAUGCAUGUGCUGAGAUCCGGGUAGGACAGAACACCACGACAGCAAGCUGAGGCCAAGUGAUCAGCGGCAGUAACUGAAGCUAACCCCGCUCCACUCCCACCAGCCAACAUACCUGUGCCAGUUUACAAACUGGUACAGAACAAGGAAACAGAAAACAAGAAGUUACCAAAGAUCCUUACAAUCCGCUAGCAGGUUAUCUGCAAAUAAUUCUGAUAAGUAACCAAGGAACGGAGCACUGUAUAAUCACCUAACAGACAGCUGUAAGUUCAUAGACUGAAUUGCUACCUUUAGCUGUUAUCUCCACACUCACUUUCGCCUUCCUUUUUUCCAUGGCACUUGAAAUCCCCAAAUCCAUUGGUUCCUGCAGGGUAGAGGUAGCAGUACUGGCUUGACCAGUGGCUCUCCUCACUGCUAGCAGAAGUUAAGAAUACCCAGUCCCUGUGAGCAAACACCUUCUGCCUCUCUUGCAAACUUCGCUGCCAAAUUGCUCAUCUUGCAGACAAACAGGAACUGGCUUUCAUGCUUGAAGGGUGUUUAUGUCUUGCAUGAUUUAUUCAAGGUCCUAUCCUGCUUUCAUCAAGCUCAAGAACAAGCCAUUACACGUACUUCAAAGGUAGAGGGUCUGACUUCUUAGUCGAGGAGCUUCCCUGGACAGACACCCUGUCAGAAGGUUGGCAAGGGCCAACCUCCCUUUUUUCUUCCCUCUCUGCUUUCCACCACCCACUUGGUGUAAUAAGAAGUGCAGAGUCCAGCAGCCUACACACAGGACAGGAGAGCUCAUGGGGAAAGGGACACAGCUCACCCCCCUCCAGAAAUGCAGAUACCAAGACACAACUCAGUACUGCCCCCCAAAAAAGACCAAGAAGCCAAAUAAUGGAAUACCAUUUUGAAGGGAUGGAGAGAAGUAAUUCCAAAUUAACCAUGGCAAAUGCAGACAAGUUAUAUGAGGUGGGCCAAAAGCAUCAAUUCUUUUGGGCGUACAAAAGCUUUGCUGAAAAACUGACACUGCAGUUAACUGCAUCCAUACAGAACCCCCCUAAUACUUGGGCUGGGCUCCAUCUCGACAGACAGGGUGCCUUACCACAGAACACAAGAUGCGGCUACAGGAGUGUGCACGUGCCCAGCUUCUAACACCGUUAAGAGCCUAUUUCUGAGUCAGCACUUCACGUGACAAAAUAUAUUGCUUCACAUAAUAGCAUGACCUACAGAGCUACACAAGAUUGCUAGCCAAGAGAAAGCCGUCAUUCAAAAACCUAGUAUAAAGCUUGCACUUUAUGUCUUCACAAUGUUCUACUGUAUCAGCAUCUUUGCUAAUUAAGAUUUUCAUGUAGAUAUGCAGUUAUGUCCAUUUGAAUACAUAGGACACAUGCCAUAUACAAUUUGGCAACAAAAUAGCUUAUGACUGACAACCGGCUAACUAAAUUCCACCUAUAAAUGAAUUCACACCUUUAUUUAGAUUUGCCAAUUAAUGUCCACCAUCCCCCUAAAGUGUGGAUCAAAUCCUACACUCUACUGAAAUAGCUGAUGAAGUUCCCCACUGACUACAGGAUGUCAUCCUGAUUUGUCUCUUACUUGAGCAAAAUGAAACAGUACAACAGUACUUCAAGAAGAGGCAGCAAGUCCAUAUUCAAUGGGAGCACACCUUAAACACACCGAUGCCAAGUGUGCAAGCGUUGGAUUUUACCUACAGAGAAAAGAAAAAGAGGAAAUUUAGGAACGUGCCAAAUGUAAGUAAGUUUAUUUUCAUGUGUUCACAGCAGGAUAAUCUCCUGCUGCUCAGAAAUACUGUACAACAGGUUUACUAUCAUCUCUGAAUAAAGAUGGACACUGCUUUGUGCACUUA